AUUGAGUUGACGACGAUGUGGCAAGGCACGGCAGCACGCAGUGCGAUGCGCCUGACUGGAAGGGCAAGUGCCAUGGCGGCAACGUCCUCUAUCCUUGGGCGAGGCUCACAUGUUGGAUCUAUGACUGCCGGCUUCCAUGCGUCUGCUCCACGGGAGCGCCUUCCACUUGUGGUUGCAGUCGUCGGCGUCGGGUUGGCCAUCACGACGCGGUAUGUGAUUCGCGCACAAGAACGCGUCAAGCAAUACCGAGAAGCUGCAGCGGCACCCCGCGAUCAGCCGACAAGCGUGAUGGUCGGCUUGGACAUUGGUUCCAUCAACGCACGUGCGUGUGGCAUUGAUUUGGAGACGAAUCCACGUAAAAUCGUGAUCGAGUCUGACCGCAUGGCUGUGCAAGUCCGCAAUGGCGAACUCGUUGUCGGCAGUCUCGUCGCCAAGAACGCGGUGCCAAACCUGCGCUCGACCCUGCUCCACGACGCUUCGACGAGCGUCCUAGACAUGGGCGAUGCCAAAGUGUCUGUCGAUACAGUCCUGGAAACUCUCCUCGAAUCACUUCACGGUCGCGUGCGCAGCUCCCUCGAAAAGCACCACAAUGACAUGGACGAUUUGUUACCUUGCGUGUGCGCUGUGCCAUCUCAAUACGAUGGCCCACCGCUCGAGCGGCUCCGGGCCAUUCUUCAACAUGCUGGCUACCGCGUCGUAGACUUCAUCCCAGAUGCGGUCGCGGCGGUCCUGGCGCUGCCCAAAGGGACAAAACCCGUGAAGCACGUGGCUGUAUUUGACAUGGGCGGGACAGAGACGUCCUGUUCGAUCUUGCUCUGCGAUCCAGACAUGACAUCGCCCAAGAUCUUGAGCACAAAAACGACCACGGCAUGCAGUGGCGACGCUGUCAGCGCCAGCAUUGUCGAGCAUUUGAAUGCUUCGUUCAUGAAGAAGCACGGGAUCGACCUCCGCAUGGACUCGCUCGCGAUGGAGCGCCUUGCCCAGGCUGCCGAUGCGGCCAAGCACGAAUUGAGCAGUGCGCAGCUUAGUCAAGUGCAUCUGCCGUUCAUCACGGCCGACGCGACCGGUGCCAAGCACCUCGACCUCACCGUGACUGCGUCGUCUCUCCGUCGGCUCAUGGAGACCCCUCUGCAGCACGCCGCGACGCUGUGCCGAGAAGUGCUCCACGAUGCUAAGCUGGAUGCUGUCGACGCUGUCGUGGUAGUAGGGGGCGGGGGCAAGUCGCCACUAGUCCAAUCUUGUGUUGGUCAAGCCCUGGACAACCAAACUCUACUCCGUGUCGACAAUGCAGACGAAGUGGUGGCGCGGGGCGCGGCCGCCCGCGGUGUCGCCUUGGCCGAUUUGACGAAUUCCCGAUAAUCCAACACACUCCACCGCACGCACAGCCAACGGAGCAGUCUUGGCGGGGCGAAGAGUGGAGCCACAUGACAUCAUCGAGAGUUCUCGCAUUGUUGGACGGUUUGCCCUGUCUUGAAAGCCCU